AUGGAGUUUGAUAAGUAUUAUUAUGACGAUUAUACCACCGACAGCCCGGCAGAAGAUGUUGAUUCGACUCUAGAUGACUGGUUGUAUGAACUCAUGGAUGUCGCAGAUGCCUGUUAUCCAGAACCAUGUCUGAACGGAGGAAUCUGUAACCACGCUGCUAAUGGGGGCUUCACGUGUUUUUGCCCUGAGCCUUACUCAGGAAAGAAGUGUCAGACAGCGAAAGAUGUGUGCAAGAACGUGAAGUGUGGCCAUGGCAACUGUGUUCUAACAUCUGCUGCUCCAUUCUACGAGUGCAAGUGCAAUCCUCCAUAUAAACCACCUAACUGCAAAAAAGUGCGCACACAGCCCUUCCCCUGCAGGCCCAAUCCCUGUCAGCAUGGAGGCUCCUGCACCAAGGGUCACAAACGCCCCUCCUUUAAAUGUUCUUGCCCUCAUGGAUAUACUGGGAAGUUCUGCAAAGUUGGACCAAAUGACUGUUACCAAGAGGACGGAGAGUUUUACCGCGGGAUGGUGAGUGAAACGGUGGAAGGGAAAGACUGUCUGGACUGGAAUGCCUAUUUCAUCGUGCAGAAAGGAGGAGAUUCCCAGGAAUAUGCAGAUGGAAUUGGACCACACAAAUACUGCAGUAAACCCGGGGUUGAAAUGCAGGUGGUGCUGGGAGGAGUGGAUUUAGAAAAGGAUGAAGUAUACGAUCAGGUCAUUCCUGUGGAGAACGCCAUCGUGCAUGAGGUUCACAGGGAGAGCCCCUUUGCUCUACAUAAUGAUAUUGCCAUGCUUCAGCUGAAAGUCACAGACAAACCUUACUGUGCCAAAGAAACGCGCUUUGUAAAGACAGCCUGCCUGCCACAACGUCCCUUUGACAACGGCACGGAGUGUGUGAUCUCAGGGUGGGGCGUGACUGAAACACAGAAGUACGGUACCAACCUGCUGCUGGAUGCUCGUGUGCUCCUGAUCUCACAGGAGAAAUGUAAAGCUCCCCAUGUUUACGGAAACUCUCUGGAUGACAGCAUGUUCUGUGCAGGAAACAUGAAAGGAGGAGUUGACUCCUGCCAGGGUGACUCGGGUGACCCUCUGGUGUGUGAGCGUGAUGGGACUCACUAUGUGGUCGGUGUUGUGAGCUGGGGCAACGGCUGCGGAAAGACAUGCUACCACAUUACUGACUCCUGUACUGUUUUAUCAACAAUACACUUUUCUUUUGUAACAAAAUGUGUUAUAAUGAAAAAGAUUGUCAAAGCUCUCACUCCACCCACACAUUACCUCAAAUGUUUUAGAGCUUGAACUCAUGUUAACCUCACUGUGCUGUUAUUACAUAACUGUAAGAAUGCUUGCAGAAACUGUUAAUAAAGAUCAUUUUAAAAUGCAUAAAACAAGAAA